CGACCUCUCCCGUAUACUCAGCCAGCCCUGCAGCCACAGACGCAUAUCUACUGGAGAGGGAUGUCACAGCUGAAAGAAAGCCAGCCCUCAUCGGUCUGCAUCAAAAACAAGCAGAGCGCGACCAUUUUUUCACCUUUACGCGCGAGGUUUUGACUUUUACGCGCCAUCGGGAGAUAACGUUGGUUCAUUUUUCUGCUUGCUUAAACGCCUAUUUUGAUAUCUGUGGGUGGUGAUAAUGAUUCCCAGUCCGGUCUUAACUUCGUCUACCACGCCUUUUUCUGUGAAGGACAUCCUAAAACUGGAGUUGCAGCAACAAUCUCAGCAGCAGCAGCAGCAGCAGCAGCUCCAGCUGUUCUCCUGCCUCGGUCUCUCCGGUGCGCUGUCACCGCCCGGAGUCUUCCCAAACAAGUCGUUCAGCUCUCAUUCGCCGCCUUCCUGCAUGCUGGCAGGGAGAGACAGCCCCAGUCCCAUCAGCUCCUGCCUGUCGGAGAGCGAGGAGAGGAUGUCUUAUCUCAGUGCUCAGGACCGGCUGCAGGCGGAGUCCGCCCUGCAGACAGAGGCGUAUGACAGCGCGGCGCAGAGCCGCUCUGCGGAGAUCCGGCUGGAGGCCGAGCACGAGCUCCAGGAAAACAAGAGCUGCGGGGAGCUGCGGGGAGACUGCGAGGAUGCGGACUCGGAGAAGGCCUGCAGCAAGCAGCAGCGGACCCGCAGGAAGCCCCGCGUCCUCUUCUCGCAGGCGCAGGUGUUCGAGCUGGAGCGGCGCUUCAAGGAGCAGCGCUACCUGUCCGCCCCGGAGCGAGAGCACCUGGCCAGCUCCCUGAAGCUCACCUCCACCCAGGUCAAGAUCUGGUUCCAGAACAGGAGGUACAAGUGCAAGAGGCAGCGGCAGGACAAGACUCUGGAGAUGGCGGGUCACCAUCACCACCACCACCAUCACCACCACCACCCGCCGCCUCCCCCGCCCAGGAGGGUGGCGGUGCCGGUGCUGGUGCGGGACGGGAGGCCGUGUCUGGCCGGAGCGCAGAACUAUAAUUCCCCUUACACGGUCGCAGCUCCAAACCCGUACGGCUACAACGGCUACCCACCUUACAGCUACAACAACUCGAUGUACAGAGACACUUAUUCUUGUACUUACUCCAGUUUACCUGCUCUUCCGCCGAGCGGUUCCACUGCAAACGCUUUCGUGAACAUGAACAUGGGGAACCUGCAGCCGCAGAGCCAGGCUCCGCAGGGAUCAGCGGUCACACCCUGCCAAGGAACUCUGCAGGGCAUCCGGGCGUGGUGACUGCAUGGUAGACUGCCCACAUAAAGCCCGAAUUAUGGUCUUUGUCUUGUGGACUGCGCCACUUUGGGUCUAUUACAGAAACUUCUCGUAUAGUUCUGUACGACGUCACAAAGGUGAAGUUGUGUAGCCUAUCCUGAAUUAUGGUUCUGUGUUAAAUUGCAAAUUUAACACCAAUUGCAAAAUUGGUGUAACGCAGAACCAUAAAUCAGGACCAUAAACCAUAAAUCAAGACUUCAUGGACUCAAGCAUGCAAUGCAAUGUAAUGCAAAGGUGCGUUACUGGUCGUAACUCUACACAGGUGUAUAUGGCUCAACUUUUAUCCACUGACUGAAAUGUGUAUUUAAAACGCAUAAAAACAUAUGGGCGUUUUCUCUGAGUUGCUUGUUUAGAAAAUGACUCAAACUGAACGAAAAUUGUCUUUUGGCUGUGCGUUAUGGUUUAAAAUCGAUGUGAUGUGUUGCAGAAAAUACAAAUAAAAUUAUACUUGGAAUUUUGGGCAUAUGGGCAUGGAAGUUUUAGGUGUGAAAUCUGGCAUUUAAUUAGUUUAUUAUUGGUCUAAUCUCCCCUGUUUAAAGAGAACAAAACAUUGCAUCACUAGCGCUUAACAUAGAAGAAUGGUGCUCAUUAAAUGUAUGUUUUUUUCUUUUACUUUUUUUGAUAACACGGCUUUUAUUUAAGCAUAUGUCCUUGUUUUUAAUUUAGGUAAAUUUAAAGGCCUAUUACCUUGAUAAAACAUUGGAAAUAUAAAACAACACCCAGUGUUUGCUCCAGUGGCAAACACAGUAAAAUUAAAUAAGACAUA